AUGGGAAAAGUGAAGUACAUUAUCCCUAGGAUUGUUAUUGGGGUGUUCAUUCAGGUGCUCUGUAGUUACAGUACACUUCCACUUUAUGCCAUUGUGACACAGAUGGGAUCCAAUUUCAAGAAAGCUAUAUUUGACGAAGACAUACGCUUGGGACUCGUUGGUUGGGCUAAAAAAGCUAAGAGAAGAAGGCAAGCAUGGAUGGCUCCGGCUCUGGCACUGGUUCUGACGUGGAGUUCAGCUAGGGAAAGUUAA